UUCAUGUUGGUGUCAAUAGGAUGGGCUGUAUAAUCAAAGAUCCAAAUGUAGCUUAUGGAUGUUAUUGUUCAAGAAGUAGCUAGUUAGUCAGGUCUCUCAGUGCUGUCUGUCGGUUUCUCAAAGGUCUAGCAAGAUGUUUUUCUUCUCAUUUGUUCUCUUUUCAGCUUUUUUAGGUGAGUUAUUAUACGUAUUUAAAUCUUUUAAUUUAAUCUUACAGUGAAUGAACAGCACAAAAACAUUUGAAUUGCUCAUUCGUAAUGUUUAAAUGUCAGUUACAACUGCACAGUUGUACAGUUAUAGAAGUUAUUUGCCCAAAUAUUUUUGAAGGAAACAGUUUUGGGGAUUCAACAAACCCAGGGACUACAGAAGAGCUUGUUCAGGAGGGAAGGAAUGUCCAUCUCUCCUGCAAAUAUGAUGGUAAUGUUUACAAUCUACAGUGGUACCGCCAAUUUCCCAGAUCCCAAACCAUAAUUCCUCUUGUACAUCACACUAGAGGGGUCUAUAUUUAAAGCUACUCCCCCACCUCCUCGUCUGACAGUUUCCAUUGACAAAGUGGACAAACGUGUGGAUCUGAAGAUCUUUUCCGCUGACUCUGAUCUGUACUACUGUGCCAUGAAGACCACAUUGACAGGAAACGGUGACACUGUACAAAAACCUGUCAAGAAACAUGGGAGGAAACAGACAUCCUGUAUGACAUACAUAAGUGACAUGCCUGCUGUAUGUUAAGGGGAGGAACUUAUGGUGGAGGAUGAUCUGAACAGCAGUAUAGAAACAUAAAAAAAAAACUUUCAGAGACUGCUUAGAUCUUUCUGUCAGUUUGACUCUCUUCAUCUAACAUGCAGUUACUGUAUUCUGUGUUGUUCCUGACCAUAUUUCUGGGUGUCAGUUGUGAAGACCUCACUCCAAUCAAGAAAGAAGAGUACUGUUUAGAGGGAACCUCUGUUACCCUGUCUUACAACUACUCCAGAACAGCUACUGCUGGAGAUGAAUUCUAUUGGUAUCACCAAGACACAGCACAAAGACCAGAAUUCUUCCUCUACAUCUCAGGUACAGAAUUUAUAAAGAAAGCAGAUCCUUUGAACACUCGAAUAUCAGCAAAACUUAACAAAGAGAAGACCCGUGUGGAUCUGGAGAUCUCCUCUGCUGAUGUGACAGACUCUGCUUUAUACUACUGUGCUGUGAAGCCCACAGUGACAGGAAACCUACACACACUGUACAAAAACCUUAGCAGGGACCACAUCAGCAGGAAUUUAACCAGUUUCUUUAUUAAACUUGUGUAUAACCCUUACUUUGUUGACAUCAAAAGAGUGCCGCUAAUAUUUCUUAAUAAAGAUUAUGACUCCAAUGAUCCAGGAUCAGCUCCCCAAUUCCUCCUCUUCAUCCUCCAUGCCUCUAGGACUGUAGUGAGAGCUAAACCUCCAUCCUCUCGCCUCACUGUUAAACUGAACAAAAAGAAGACCUGUACAGAUCUGGAGAUCUCCUCUGUUGAAUUUCAUCAGCAGCUGGUGCUUAUUCUACACAUCCUGUCGUCUACAAUGUUGUUCUGUUCACUAUUACUCUUCUUUGACUUGAUAGGUGUCAGUUCUGAACAGUUAUUAACACCCUACACUGAUGUAGAAGUGGCUUCAGAAAGGGACAGAGUUACUCUCUCUUGUAACUACACUUCUGGUGACACUCUUCAAUGGUAUCGACAAUAUUCUAAAUCAGCACCACAGUUCCUGCUUAAUGAGUAUAUGGAUAAUACACCAGGGUUCACUCUAAAUAAUGAAAAAAAUGCUAAACGUGUGGAUCUGGUGAUAUCCUCUGCUCAUGUGACAGACUCUGCUCUGUACUACUGCGCUCUGAGGGCCACAGUGACAGGAAACCCAGAAACACUGUACAAAAACCUAUAA